AUGAGCACUACCGGCAGCGAUACCUUUCGCUUCAUGGAUCUCCCUCCUGAACUUCGAGAGAUGGUCUACGAGUAUCUCGCCGAAGAUGAAAUCAGCAUCGCCGAACCCGAGCUAGAAGCCAGUCUCUCCGUCCAGGACGCCCCACUGACCAACAUGCUGCUCGUCAAUCACGAGAUCAAGAGCGAAUAUUACAAGAUCGCUGCCAAGAAGAAAACUCUCGUCUUCUCAGAUCAUGAGAAUUUCAACUUUACACUACUGCCAGUGCCGACAAACGUUCUGAACGUAACGAAGAUUUCCUUCCGCAACUUCGUUGUAUGCGAAGACAAAUGCCCAACGGACCGUACUUAUUGCGAGGCCGCCACCGACUUACAGCAGACCGUUGAGCUCAUCCUCAAGGUUCAGUCUAUUAUGCAGCAUGUGCCCACUCUCGAAGUAAAUCUUGGGCUUUGGUGGAAGGGAGACGAAAAGUAUGUGUGGCCCAACACACCGCACCGGCAGGACGUUAUCGACGUACUCUACAACAGGCUCAUCGAAGUCCCCAAGCUCUCGCGUGUCAACGUGUAUCGCUCACCUCAACGCUGUCUCGAGCCAAACAGACUCGUGGACGCAACCAAGCUCAUAGCCACUUGGACGAAGAACGCUGGUUGGCAGUCUUAA